UGUAACAGGACUUCUUAAACAUUAGCCAUUCUUUAAUUUUGUUGUUCAACCAAACACUUCACACACACUCACACGUACCAUUCUUACUCUACUCUUUCCAUUCAACAUACACACGCGCACACAUUCUCUCCCCUUUCCUGCUUUUUCGCAUCUACAUCGCAAAACAUAGCUUAUAACCAUGUCUUAUUUCCUUCCACAUCUCACUAAUGGCUGGCAAGUCGAUCAAGCCAUCCUGUCUGAAGAAGAUCGAGUCGUAGUCAUCCGUUUUGGUACAGAUUGGGACCCAACUUGUAUGCAAAUGGAUGAAAUCCUAUACUCUGUUGCAGAAAAGAUCAAAAACUUUGCAGUCAUUUAUCUAGUCGACAUCACUGAAGUACCCGAUUUUAACAAGAUGUACGAGCUCUACGAUCCUUGCACAACGAUGUUCUUUUUCCGAAACAAACAUAUCAUGGUCGAUUUAGGAACAGGAAACAAUAACAAGAUCAAUUGGGCUCUGGACAGUAAACAGGAAUUGAUUGAUAUUGUUGAAACGGUCUUCAGAGGCGCUCGUAAAGGACGAGGUCUGGUUGUGUCUCCAAAAGAUUACUCUACAAAGUACAAGUAUUAAAAACGGGGCUGUG